AUGGGUCCUUCCUUCCCGUCCACACCAUCGCUUUUAUCCCGCCACAACAGUCUGUCACACCUUUCUCUCUCCCGUCCGCAACCCAGCAAUACGAAAGCCAGAUACAACUCGAGAUCACACGUCCAACUGCCAGCGUCAAAUUCAAAACGACGGCGGCGAUCCGCACAUUAUUACAAUGUCGAUAACGAAGAUUGGCUCAUGCGUACGGCCUCAGCGCUCAUGUUAUCGCGGCUGGAGGAGAAAGGACAGAGUUGGCUGGUAGCCAGAGAUUCGAGCACAAGUCUGAGCGGCAUCCAGAGCGAGCUUGGUGAAGAAACCACGUCCUUGGGGUCUGCAAGAUCAAUUGAGUCACAUGAGGUAGAGCUUGGCCGUUAUGCAAGCGCAAGAAGCUCUUUUCCCGGACCUGAAGGACGAAAGUUGAGCGGAGAUAUAGUAGCGAAGAGACUACAUGAAGCAGAAGAGGGGGAGCGAAAGGGAGCAGCAGUGGAAGAGAUUGCCGGACCUGUUUUUGUAAAUGCGGAAGACAAAGAUGAGAUGCGUGCUAUUGAAGAAAAUGGAUUCGUAGAGGACGACGAGAUAGAUGUGGAUGAGAGUGAAAUGAAGAGGAUAGUCAUGGCGAGGAUCGGCGGCUGGGUAGGAUGGGGUGUCGGGUGGAUGGAUUUCAGGGGUGAUAGCGAAUCAAAUGAGGAUGAGGAUGAAGACGAAAUAGAGAUCUCCGAUCACACAGAAGGGAAUAGGAGAGGUUUCGAUGCAACGAAAGUAAGAAGAAGGCUCGAUCAUCAAGCAAGACCUUCGGAUCAAGACGAGGACGCACUGUUGGGGCUGCCACCUCCGCCAUCCGGCGAGGAAGCUGGUCUGGUCAAUGAUGUCCGAUGGCUAAUCAAUGUAGCCAUGGAAGGUUUGCAUUAUGGUUGA